AUGCGACUGUUUUUGUCUUUACUAUGCAAACGAUAUACUCAAAGAACUUUAUUUCAAACUGCAUCUCAGAAAAUAUCUAUUGCACACAAUUGUUUUCGUUAUCAAUCAUCGGAUGUCGUUCUUUCUCAAUUAGACAAAAUUCCACACAUAACACACAAAUUAAAUUGUGACAUUUACAUUUUAACAAAAGAUGGAAAACUUAAUACUUAUCAAGGUCCAUUCGAUCGAGCCAAAAUUUGUCAAGAAUAUGGUCUUGAACCACGGGAUUUACAGAAGAUUGAUACAGAUCUUUUGAUUAAUGUUCCUAUCAUUGAUAUUCGACAAAAUCGAUUUAUUAUUUUUUCAUUUCGUCGACUUCGUAGUUUGAUCGAAUUAGAUCGAAGCAUUUUCUUUGUUCCAGCUGCUGAGAAAAUCGCCCGAGAACCAUUAGGAUUCCAAGAUGAUAUACACUGGGAACGCAUUGCUCAAGCAUAUCAACGUAUAGUGCUUUACAUUCACAAGACUUAUCAAGAAAGAUUUAUUAAUCAAACGUUGAUCAAUGUUGAUUCGAUUCCAUUUGAAUUUCGAUUAACUGAAAUCAAUUUAGAAUCUGUUGCUCAUGGUUUAAGAUUGAAAGGACAAGAAUUACUUAUCCAAUUUCAGAAUGUUCGUGAACGUGCAUAUAGUCGAAUCACAAUUGGAAGUUUACGUGAACUUGCUUUGCUCAAAGAAAAAGUUGACAAAUACAAACGAAAUGCCGAUCUUGCACAUCAAGCCAUCGUCGAUGUUCUUGCACAGGAUGAAGAUAUGAUUGGAAUGUAUUUGACUGACACUCGCAAACGGGAUAUUUCUGAUCAUAUUCAAGUAGAAUUGUUACUCGAAGCAUGUACAAAACAAAUGGCCGAAGUUCGUCGAACAAUUUCAGAUCUAUCAGAUUCAGUUCGAACAUUAGAAAGUGCAACUGGUUUCAUGUUAGAUGCUGUUCGAAAUGAACUACUCAGUUUUGAAAUUCGUAUCAAUAUCAUUACAAUGAGCUUAGGAAUGGGUGCAUUCAUUGCAGGAACAUUUGGAAUGAAUUUGACCAAUGGAAUCGAACAAAAUCCUUAUGCAUUCUAUGCAAUAACAGGAACAUCGAUUGUUUUGAUCGGUGGAGCUAUUGUUCGUGCUUUUGCACGUUUGUCGAGAUAUCGAAGAAUAAGGUUACAUCGAUCAAAUAAAAUUGAUACGUUUUGA